AUGCCGAACCGCAAAGACGCCCAAGAUCUUAAGCCUUCACCCAAAGCAGGAAGCGGUGAGCCCGGCAAAUCACGGGUCAGGAUAGGGAGAGCCUGCGAUCGCUGCAAGAUCAAGAAGAGCAAGCGCGCGACGACGAAGAGAGGCAAGAGAUUGGACGUGCUUGAUGAGGCGCUCCAGAGACUCUACUGGGCAUGUCGGGAAGGUCGCGGGUUCCCAGGAGUGAUUCCAGACGAGAGUGGCGGUCGGGUAUCGACUGACGCGAUUCUCCGAGGACUGGGAUUGAGUCCUCCACCGAUAGAUGAUACGCGCGUGCUAGGGAGCCGGUCAGAUUCAGUCUUGGACAUGCAGGCUCAUUCGCAUCAUUCGCGAUCAUAUCGCCCGCCGGAUCUCCUGUCACCAGAUUUGUCGCGCAACAAACCCCCCUCUUCUGCCAUGACCCCAUUGUCCACCACCAGUGACGACAGACUCACCUUUGUAGAACCGGCACUUGAUGGUGGCGCAGGGCGAAGGAGAAGACCACCGUCCGCGAUGGACGUAGAUAAGGAGGGGGAUCUAUCUGACGGCCCCCCGGAGGCAUAUCCGGACGGCCUCGGUCAACAAUUCCAAGAGAGUCUGGGUGGCGGCGCUGAUUCCGCAAUGCUGCAAGAUGGAGAUAUGGGUGUGAUGGAGGGCACACUAUACCCAGACAUGAGCGCUAUGUCCUUUGGGGAAGGGGGACAACCGAGUCCUCAGAGUCACCGGAUACCCAUGCAACCUGUUGCUAGCCAGUUCCAUCUCGACGGCCUCCCCCAGGACCGGUAUCGACCUGGUGGACAACAGGGGUGGCAAGGACGGGUUCACCAAGUCGGUAGUAUGCUUCCUUGGCCAGGUAAUAUGGCAUCCAUGUAUAGGACGGAUAACCAGGACGACAGCAGAGACGGAUUCGAUGAGCUUGGGCAGGGAGGACGAUGA